UCACAUCGAAGAAUUGUUCACCAAAAUUCAAACUUCCAGUAAUGGUGUUCAUUUUAAUUCUUGAACAUUUUGACAAUAUGUUACACACAAUUGCGCGACUUUUUGACAUCGAAAUAACCUCAUACGUCAAUAUUUGACUACAAUAUAUUUCCUUCUAUCAAAGUACAAAUUUGUUGGAAUAGUUAAGUAAAUAACAUCAUGGCCAGGAAUAGAGGUUUGUCAAUGGAUUGGAAGAAUCUCAUAUCUUCCAGAUUCACGGAUGGUGUAUCUGCUCAGGAUCAUCCUGGAUUUGAGCUAUUCGAAAGACCCACAGUAAAAACAGUGGCGGAUGCUACUUAUACAGGGGAGUGGGACGUGCUGGGUUUUGCAGGUAUUGGAACAUUUGUAUUCCCAAACGGAGUCGUCUACUCCGGUCAUUUCAAGGACAGUAUGUUUCACGGAGACGGAACUCUGACGUACCCAAUGGGACAAAUGAUGGAAGGAAAAUGGGUGAAUGGGGAGUUGAAGAAGUGGAAGUUUAAGUUCGCAGACGGGGUGGAAUUUUCUGAGCCGUGGAGUUACUGUGAAUUCCCUGAUAGGAGGUUCUUCAUUGAGAUUAAAGGAGAUUUGGAGUCGACUUGUCAUAUAAACUUGACAAACAGGCAACCGACAAGGAAGAUCCCGAUUGGAUUUUAUGACAUAGAAGAAGGAUUAUUUAACGCCCACACCAAAUGCGUUAUAUCAGCGGUGAAUAGAAACAAGAUUCUUCGUAUUCCAACAGCGGCCGAAGAAAAAUGGAUUAUCAAGCAUUGCCGGAAAGGAUGGGAUGAACCCGUCGGUUACAAACCGGAACUCUACGAAGUCUGGACAACUGGAACAGCAUCUUCCUUGCAUAAGUUCGUGCAUGAAGACAGUAAGGAUUCCACAGUCGAAUCUUCGAAUAGUUCUGAUCUCUCUUCAACUAAUUCGUCAUCGUCGCACUCUGUCACCCCUUUAACUAACACUUCGAGUACUAGUAGAACUGAACAAGAAUUAUUUGUGACCCCCGUCUCUCAUUCGGAAGCUAAUGUAGCGACGAGCGAUCCUAAAGAGAAUGUAUCCGAAAGUGACAAAAAUUAAACAGCAACUCAUA